AUGGAGGGCCACGCUGCGCAGCAGGGUCCACGAUCCAUUGGUCCCCAGGAGCAACCACGUCCAUAUCUCUGCAUGAGUAACCUUCCUCGCCUUCAGUUUCUUCAGAGCAGACUUUUCGGCAAGAUUGAAGCCAUCAAGAGGGAGAAAUUAGGUUUGCAUUACCGCGAGCUGCCAGCCAAAACGCACGGCCCUGAUUGGUUUGAUCGGCUGUUGAAUAUGCCAAGCCGGCUUGGCUCGAAAAUGUCUGCGUGA